UUCCUUUGUCGGCAUGUAUUUGUGUGUAUAUGUGGAAAUCUAUGUGUGCCACUUUGUGUGAGUGUAUGUGGGUAAUGCAAUUGUGUGUGGAAGUGCAUGUGAAUGGUACAAGUUUGUUUGUUUUUCAUUGCAUAUUUUGUUUUGUUGGCUGUGUCUGUUUCUCAGUCGUUGUGUUGGGAAAUUGUGUGUGUGUGUGUGUGUGUGUGUGUGUGUAAAUGUCUGUAAUGUAUUAAAGUUUCUGUAUGGUUUUAGUUGUUCGUUUGACAGGUGCGUGUGGGGAAAUUUGUGUAGAUUUGUAUAAAGGGGGUAAUUGUAUGUGCAUGGAUGUGUAAAAUUGUGUGUGUGUGUGUGUGUUGUGUUUUCGCACUUGUGCGCACAUGUGUCACAUGACCUGACAUCAAGAAAACCAAAAUGCAACUUCCUAGAGGGAAAAUUGGCUUAAAUCCCAUGCAGAGGGCAAGGUAAUCACUCGCCAGCUAGAGAUACUGUUUACACCAUGUCUCACCAGCUCUCCAUUCACCACUCUCGCAAGCCGAAGAAUUCCCUGGCAUCUGAUCCUUGAUCCAUGUCGUAUGACAAGGAUAUAGUAAAAGAUCCCCAACCAUCUAUGUCCAAGGAAUAUCCUAGGCUGUGAAAUGCCCCAGAACCUCUCCUCUAUCUACUCACUGCCUACAAAGACGAAGAUGAAGUUACAGAUGAAGACUACACACCUAAAAUUCUCCAGGAUGAGUAAUCUAUCUGAAGUAACAAUGAGUCCGACCUUGAAGAAUUAGCCUUGGAGGACGACUUAGAUGUAGAUUACUACUACGUCCCACUGGUCGAUAUGUCCAUGGAUUCCAACGAGCCCCUCGCCGAGUACGCCAAGUAACACUGGCCGGAACUCCUUUCGUUUGGUCAAAGAAGGAGAACUUCAUCCGGUGUCACUGCUUCGAGAGAACACCUUGUGUGCACGCACAUCUUGGCAGAUCGCCGUUCAUGCUGGAUAUAUUCACCAGUUUCUUCCUGCGGGAGCUGUUUCAGAACAUCCUGGACGAGAGGAAUCGGUACGUUCGACAGAACACACGAACCCCUUCAUCCCACAUGAAAGGGUGGGUGGACACAACUUUACGGGAGGUCCGCUCGUAUGUCGGCCUGCGGUUCCUCAUGGGACUUCAUGGGAAGAACUGCCAGAGGGACUUUUGGUCGACGGACCCGUUGAUGUCCUCGUCAGUGUUCGCCAGGACUAUGACCAGGGACCGCUUCGACACCCUUACCUCCGCCCUCCACUUUGCUGACAGGAGAGCACGACGCGGAGGAUCGUUUGUGGAAGCUUUGCCUUGUUGGACGUCCUGGAAUCGACAUACGACAUGAGAACAUCGAUAAGAACUUGUGGGACUACAAGGGCAGAAAUCAUGCCCUUCAGUAUAAUCCGAGCAAGAGGGCUCGCAGAAUGGUCUAUAAGCUGUGCUCGUCCGACGUUCCAGAGGCAGGGUAUACGGCGGCCUUCAACAUCUACAUGGGGCAAGAUCGCGGUGAAUUUCCAGCGAGCAUGAAGGCAUGAUGGAGAAGGCAAAACUGUUCGACAACGGGUAUCAGUUGCACAGACAACUUGUAUUCCUCCUUGACUCUUCCUCUACCCGCAGGUCCGGAAGACCAGCGCCGUUGGCACAGUACGUCCCAACAGGUGGGGUAUGCCCUCGGACCUGCAGGCUUGUCGGGAACAAAUCGACUUUCGGAGCAACAACACCGAUAUGCUAUACCUUCAGUUGGUGGAUAAGUGUCUAGUCAGGAUGCUUUCUACCGCUGUCGUCACUCUGCCUCCCAACCGCCGAGGGGAGGAGAGAUUGAAGCCCGUAGUCAUAUCCAGCAACCCGUAAGAUCAUCAAGUGGUACAAGAUGAAUUUCUUCUAUUUGCUGUAUAUGACCUCCGUUAAUGCGCUGGCAAACGAACUCAGUACGACU